UUCUAUCUCUUCCAUACCAAUCUGAUACUCCAAACUAAAACAAAAACACUUGAACUCUACCCAUCACAAAAUCAAUUUCACUUUUCUCUCUCCUCCAUUUUCAACUGUUCUUCGUCUUCUCUUCUCCGUUGACAUAAAAAAUCCCAUGAAUUAAACCAUGCAAUAAUAAAACCCCUUUUCAUUUUCAAAAAUAAAUUGCAAAAUCAGCAAUAUACGCAUCUUUUUCAAUGAAGAAACCCUAAAUUCAGUCCCAUUUUCCCCAACUAAAAAAAAAUGGAAAACCAAGUAAUAAAUUUCGAUAUAGAAUUAGGACCCGAAACACCAAUUUCAUUCGACCCAAACCCGACCCAAAUACUCGAACCAUUUGAAGGAAUGGAGUUCGAGUCAGAAGAAGCAGCAAAAGCCUUCUACAAUUCAUACGCACGAAGAAUUGGUUUCAGCACCCGUGUUAGCUCAUCAAGACGUUCUAGAAAAGACGGCGCAAUAAUUCAACGUUCAUUUGUUUGUGCGAAAGAAGGGUUUCGUAAUCAAAACGAAAAGAGAACGAAGAAUCGAGAAAUUAAACGUCCAAGAAUGGUUACAAGAGUUGGGUGUAAAGCAAUGCUAUCUGUAAAAAUUCAAACUUCUGGUAAAUGGGUUGUUAGUGGUUUUUUCAAAGAGCAUAAUCAUGAACUUGUUGGACCUGAUCAAGUCCAUUGUUUACGUUCUCAUAGACACAUUUCAGGCCCGGCGAAGACGUUGAUUGAUACUUUACAAGCUGCUGGGUUAGGCCCAAGAAGGAUAAUGUGUGCUUUGAUUAAGGAGUAUGGUGGGAUUAGUAAAGUGGGUUUUACUGAAGUUGAUUGUAGGAAUUAUAUGAGGAAUAAUAAAUUGAGAAAUAUGGAGGGAGAUUUUCAGUUAUUAAUAGAUUAUUUGAAGAAGAUGGAAGAAGAUAAUUCUGGGUUUUAUUUCAAUCAAUGUGAAACUACAGGUAAUGUAUUUUGGGUUGAUGUUAAUGGUAAAUUGAAUUAUAAUUAUUUUGGUGAUACUGUUUAUUUUGAUACUACUUUUAGGAGUAAUAGAUAUAGAUUACCCUUUGUGCCUUUCACUGGUGUGAAUCAUCAUGGACAACCUGUGUUGUUUGGAUGUGCAUUUUUGAUUAAUGAGUCCGAAUCGUCGUUUGUUUGGUUGUUUAAUACAUGGUUGGAGGCAAUGUUAGGGAAACACCCUGUGUCAAUUACUACUCAUUAUGAUGCUACUAUUAGGAAUGCUGUAAUGCAGGUUUUUCUGGGGACGCGUCACCGGUUUUGUAAGUGGCAUAUUUAUAAGAAGUGUCAAGAAAAGUUGUCUCAUGUUAUGCUUGAGCAUCCUGGUUUUGAGGCAGAGUUUCAUAAGUGUGUUGAUUUGUGUGAGUCUGUUGAUGAGUUUGAGUCUUGUUGGUUAUCUCUUUUAGAUAAGUAUUUUUUAAGGGAUAAUGAGUGGCUUCAGUCAGUAUAUUCAGCUAGGAGGCAGUGGGUCCCUGUGUAUUUGAGGGAUUCGUUUUUUGCUGAGAUGUCGAGUACACAAUGUAGUGAUAGUAUGAAUUCGUACUUUGAUGGGUAUGUGAAUGCGUCCACAAAUCUUAAUCAGUUUUUUAAGCUUUAUGAGAAAGCUAUCGAGAGUCGAAAUGAGAAAGAAGUUAAGGCUGAUUUUGAGACUAUGAGCUGUCCUCCUUUGCUAAAGACGCCUUCUCCGAUGGAGAAACAGGCUAGUGAGCUUUACACAAGGAAGAUAUUUAUGAGGUUUCAAGAGGAGUUAGUGGGGACUUUGACUUUCAUGGCUACUAAAGUUGAGGAUGUUGGGGAGGCCAUUACUUACCAUGUAUCGAAGUAUGGAGAGGAUCAUAAGUCGUUUUCUGUAAGAUUCAAUGUUUUGGAGAUGAAAGCAACUUGUAGUUGUCAUAUGUUCGAGUUCUCAGGACUUCUUUGCAGACACGUAUUGGCUGUGUUUAGAGUGACUAACAUCCUUACGCUCCCUUCUCAUUACAUUUUAAAAAGAUGGACGAGAAAUGCCAAGAGCAGUCUUAUAUUGGAUACUCAAUGUGGCACUAUUGCGACUUGUUAUCUAGAGUCACAUACAGUCCGAUAUAAUACCCUACGCCAUGAAGUUUUCAAAUUUGUCGAUGAAGGGGCUAGUAGUUUAGAGACAUAUGAUGUGGCGAUGGCUGCGUUACAACAUGCUGCAGAAAAGGUAUCUGAGGCUCUAAAGAAUAUGGGAAGAGCAUCUGCGGUGAAUGGGAUGGUAAAGGACUCAGCCAGAGACGGAGGCCUGAGUCAUAAAGCUAUCGAUGAUGGUUGUGCGAGCCUUAGUGAGCAAGUGUCUGAGGAUUAUAUGGACCAGAAAAUCAGAGAACUUAGCGAGGAACUAGUCUCGGCUAAUAGAAAGUGUGAUGUUUAUCGAAUCAAGUUACUAUCUGUAUUGAAGGAUUUUGAGGAUGAUAAACAACAGCUUGCAGUGAAAGUUCAUAAUGUGGUGCUUAGCCUAAAAGACUCUAUCUAAGGGUGUUGUGCAGUUGCCUUUAAGUUUAUUAUGGGAAGCCUAAUCAAACUGAGCAUUCUUUUUGCCAUGUACAAAAUAUGGAUAGUAAAGAAAAGUAGUGUUAAUUAGCCUCUGACAUAGAUUACAUUUUGAGUUUGUGACCGUGUGAGUUAUUUAACAUCAUCAAUAUUUGUAAUUAACAAAUUAUAUCACUAAUAAAUCCCUUUCUUUCCCCUCGUUGAUAUUUCUGUUAGAUAUAAGAAUAAUUCUCGAAUUACAUGUUUAUUUUUUUCGAAUUACAGUCGCCAAAGUAUUAAAAUUUACAGGGUCAGGCUAAAAACACAAAUUUUCAACCACUUAACUUGAAAUUUCAACCACUAAAAUAAUUGGAAUUCUGUAUUUUAACCUGAACUUGCAAACUAUGAUACUUUGGUGGCUGUAAUUCACAAAAAAUAAACAUUGAGG